UCUACCUGCCUUGUACGCAACAUUAUGACACGUUGCGGUUUUUGUGGCCGCAUGAACUAUAUCAUUUGGUGAAAAUUUACCAGAAAGUUUCAUUAACAAUUUUCAACUAUUUGCAUAGCUUGCAGAAGAGGCUUCUUGAGAAGUGUACUAGGUAAAAAUGAAACUAUGGAUCCAAUUCGUUGUGUGUGCAGUCGGAUUCUUGUUCCUUGUGUUCGGAUUUGUGUUGAUACAAAAAUUCCCAGCAGUCGUACAAAGAAAACUUGGCGAGAAGCUUGUAAUAAGACCUGAUAGUCCAACUAUUGGUAACUUUAUUGAAACGCCAAUACCGGUGUACAUGCAGUUCUAUUUUUUCAAUGUAACAAACCCACAGGAAAUCCUCACUGGCAGUAGACCUGCCUUGCAAGAAAUAGGACCCUUUACAUACCUCGAGAAACGUCUCAAACAUGAUCUCAACUGGACCGACACCACCGUCGAGUAUCUGGAAAAUACAAAAUUCUUCUUCCAGCCAGAGAUGUCCAAUGGUCUCACUGAAGAAACUCCUAUCACGACAGUUAAUCCUGUUCUGAUAUCGGUGGCCUCUAAGGCAACAGGCAAGAAUUCCUUUAUUGACGGUAUUAUCGAAUUUUUUAGACAACGCUUUGAAUUGAAUGUUUUUAUAACAAAAACGGCUGGAGAAUUACUCUUUCAUGGAUAUGAAGAAGAUUUUCUAUUGGAAAUAUAUAAAUUUACAAACAACCCUCAAUACCGGACAGGCCGAUUCGGGUUUUUUUACCCCAAAAAUGAUUCGGAUGGCGGGAAGUAUUCAAUUUUCACUGGCGCUGACGGCCUCGACCAGCUUCAAGUGAUAGAUGAGUAUGAAGACAGUAAAACUUUGGAUUAUUGGUCUGAUCCUUACUGCAAUAUGAUCAACGGAACGACCGGAGGACAAUUUCCUCAACCUAUCAAUCCCGGCAUAAACAUAACAAUGUUUUCAGGCGAUCUCUGCCGUUCUCUUUAUUUGACAUACGAAAAGAGCAUCAACCACGGAGGCUUGGAACUGUUGCGUUAUUCUCUACCGAACGAAGUGCUUGCCGAUCGACCUGAAAACCAAUGCUACUGCACCGAUAACUUUACGUGCAAAGCAUCAUUGGUGAAUUUGGCUCCAUGCAGAGCCGGUUCUCCAGUAAUCGCGUCCACACCUCAUUUUUACAUGGGUGACAGUGAAUUGGUAUCUGCUGUUGAUGGGCUUCACCCAUCAAAAGAAGAACAUGAAACAUUUUUGGACAUAGAACCCAACACUGGAGUAUCUUUCAGAGCCGUGAAAAGAAUUCAAAUCAGCAUGCCCUUGAAACCUUAUGCUAAUCUACCGAUUUUGUCCAACGUGACCCCAGCGAUUUUCCCCUUAUUGUGGCUGGACGAGAACGCUUUGGUUCCUGAAGACAGAGCCAGGAAACUUCACGAACAAUUAUCAAACCCAAUCAAAAUAUCACAAUGGAUCAGUUACGCCCUUUUCGCCUUAGGUGGUGUAUUUGUUAUUGCACCUCUUAUUGCCGUUGUUGAAUCAAAACACAGACGGAAAAAUAAUAAAAGUUCAGUCGAAAAAGAGAGGCGAGAAAAUUCCGAAGAAGGUGAAUCUUUCGAUCCUCUCUCGAGCAGAACUGAUCACAACCUAGACGACCCAGAAAAGGAAUAAAGUAAUAUACCCUAUCGCUAGAACGGUUGCAGAUAAGAUUGUAUUCAUUAGAGUCUCAGAAAAGGUACUGCAUACAGAAAGCGGAUUUCCAUUCCAUCGCCGGAAUUGAAUGUUACGUCCACAGCAAGCGUCCGCCAUCUCGUCGUUCUCCGUGCAACCGUUCCAAAUUGUCAUACGAAUUGACGCCAAGUAUCAAUAUAUCAAAAAAUUGAAUCCUUUUAAUACAAUUUUCCUAACCAAACCAAUAAUCUGUCCCAAGAAUAGUAAUAAUUUAAGUUAAGGAGUACAGUUAUGCUGUGUCUGAGUAUUGUUCCUUUAAACAAAGUAUGUUAUUUUGGGAAUGAGCAAAUUUCACUUUUGCGUUAUUGUCAGAAGAUUCUUGCCUAACUAUGGUUCUCAUCGCGUACUAAUAAAGUUGGUAAAUGAC